UGGAGGUUACCAAUGUUAAUCACAAUGUCAAUCGUCGCUCCCCUAUUCCCGGGCUUGCUUUUCCGGCCGCAGCUUCACAGCUGAGUUUGCAGCAUUGAAGACCUUGCGGAAAGGAAAAGAGGGAGAAAGUUAUGUCAUGGAAGCUAUUUGGAUCUAUCAGUUCCGUCUGAUAGUGAUCGGAGACUCGACCGUGGGCAAAUCCUGCCUCCUCCGGAGGUUCACCGACGGGAAAUUCAACGACGCGUCCGACCCCACGGUCGGUGUGGACUUUUUCGCCAGGCUGGUGGAAAUCGAGCCGGGAAAGAGGAUCAAAUUGCAGCUGUGGGACACGGCGGGACAGGAACGGUUCAGGUCUAUAACUCGUUCGUAUUACCGCAAUUCAGUUGGUGGGCUACUUGUAUUCGACAUUACAAAUCGGAGGUCAUUUGAACAUGUCCGUGACUGGUUGGAGGAAGCAAAGAUGCACGUUCAGCCAUUCCAAAUCAUAUUUCUGCUGGUUGGACACAAAUGUGACUUGGCGACCCAACGGAAAGUUUCAAAGGAAGAGGCAGAGAAACUUGCGGCAGUAUCGGGUAUGAAAUACAUUGAGACCUCUGCAAAGGAUUCAACCAACGUGGAGGAGUCUUUCACUGUUCUAACCCAGGAGAUAUAUGAGCUGCUCAAAAAAGGCAACAUCUCCAUCCAAGAAGGAUGGGAAGGUGUUAAGAGUGGUGUGGUUCCAAAUGUUGUUCACUCUUCUGAGGAAGCUGUGCAGCCUGGAAGAAGGUGCCUUUGUUAAUUAUUGGGGUUCAAUAACCCAACAUUCCAAAGAAUUGCUUAAUGUACUUUAGCCAUUUGUGCAAGCUUGCAUCAACAAAUUUACUGGGGUUCAUCCUAGACUUAGUAUAGAAUUAAUUAAAUAUAGUUCAUUGGAAAGUAAGUACGUCAAUUAGGCUACGGAGCUUCUCCAACAUGAAAUGUACAUAUUUUAUUUUCAAUAGUUGCUGACUUUAAUAGCAAUAGUGUAUUUUUUUGCACUGUAAAAUCAAGUUUUAUUUUUGGAGUGUUGCCUUACUGUAAGGCCAGCCAAUCUAUGGGACAGGAUAAAUAAAGGUUUAAUAAACAUGUAUAUUUGAUAUGAGCUGUUUACCCUAAGCAAUGAUUUAAGUAUGGUUUUGUCCAUUUCAGGAAAGUUUGAGUACAUUUUGGGAAUGUGAGAGCAGAAAUACUUCAGUUUAAGUUACAGAUUUUACUUUGUGGAAGCAGAUUGUGCAAUUCCUUAAAUCCCCAGCUUUUACGUAAAGUUUAUGAAUUGUGAAUGUUUGCCAAGAUUUGGAUUAGGGCCUUUGAUGUCAUUUGUGGCUAAUAAAAUGUCAAUGGAUGACAAAUUCAAGAGUUAAAAGGAGUAGUAAAUGAGAACAUACUCCAAUAAAUACGUAUAUUUACAUAUACGUAUAUAUUUUUAAAUAAGAUAAAUUGUGCUGUUAACUGGGGUUUCAAAACUGCCGUGAAUUGCUGACAACAUUUCUGGCUCAGACAAGCCAGCAACUUGGUUAUAUGCACAAAGAUGUUGGCCUCUGUUUAGAGUCCUGCACUAGGUUCUUUUGUGAACCAAUAUUGUUUAAUAACAUGGGAAAUUAAUGAGUAUUGGCAUGGCAUAUGGGUGUUCAGCUUAUUGCUUUUAAGGCUACAGUUUACAAUUGCAAACUUCUGUCUUUUUGUAGAUUUUUGGAAAGAGGUGAGACUGUUAUGGCUGUUAAAUAAUACUUCCAAAAUUUGCAAUAUGUAAUAGAGAUGUGAAUGGAGAAUGCAAUGAUGGCACCAAGUAAAAACUUGACCCAAUUGUGAUGGUUACAGAGGACUUGAAUAUUACUGCAAUGGGCAAGUUUUUAUAUCCAGUACCCUUUCAAUCCUCCAGGAGUAUUGAGAUACCCUGCUGUUUUCUGUAGGCCAGGCAUCCUUUAUUGCACUUGCUCACUUCCUUGCACUUAAUUGUUGAUAAUUACUGCAAACCAAAAAAAUAUAGGCAAAAUUUAAACAGUCCUGUGGCGUUUGAUAAGUAUGCACUAACUAACCUUUGGCAUGCAAGCCUCCUUUUUCUGAAGUCAAAUGUGAAAUGCUUAUAAGUAAAUGAGUGACUGAAUUUGCAAGUCUUUUAAAUCGAGUUGUUUUGCCUAUCAGAUCAGAUUUAACUAAACCCAGCUGCGUAGUAUAAACUGCGAAUUUACACAGGAAAGACAAAAGAGUCGAAUUUCCUCAUGCUAAAGACAAAAUAUAGGUAUACAUACUUGUACUCUGCUGCCAAAAUUCAGUAAGCCAAAUUUCACUACAUUAUUAUAUUCCGUAUUUAGUACAUGCGACCAAGAAUGGAUUUCUACCUCCCAAGAUAUUGUUCAUUUACCCACAUCAAAAUAGUGGUGUUCUUGAUACUUAAAAUGUCGGAGGAGUGGUGAACUUCUGAAGUUCUAGGUCUCCAAUUGAUCUCAUAUAAUUUAUUGUUAGGGAAGGUGGGUUUUAUUCACUCCAUUUUAUGUAUCAUAGAAGUUAAAUAUUUUUAAAAUCCAUCUCUUUUAAUAUAACAUUAAACAUUAAGUGCCUCCAUUGAGUGGGAGGAGACAGACGUUGAUCAGUGAUGAUCAUCCAAGCUAAUGAAUAUAUUCAAUAGAACCAAUUUAUAUUUGGUGUCUAAGAAUAGUAAAUGCUGGAAAUACUCAAAAAUACUCAACAGCAUCAUUAACUUAAGGUGUUAAUUCCUCCCACAACUGCUGCCUGUCUUCCUGGAUUAAUUUCAUUAAUUUCGGAUUUCUAAUUUCUUUGACAUUUGGUUUAUAUAUCUGUUGCACAUAUAUCUCUCGCGAGAGUGAUUAUUAAGCAAAAAGUAGCAAAUAAACAGCCCAAAUGUUGAA